GUUUAUCUAUUCAUGGGGCUGAAAAGCGCUUGCAAAUCCAUCAACGGCGGAGUGUGGCAAGCCGUCCAGGGUCACGUCGUCGCCUGCCUGUGGUCAGGCAUUCCUCACUCCCACCAGGCAGAAGGUCACUAAACAUGGAGGCAAGCUCUUCUGGAAUCAACAAUGGCAAAACCAAAGUUUUCCACGCAGAAGGAGGUGUGGAUUUGCAAGGCUACCAGCUGGAUAUGCAAAUACUGCCCGACGGCCCAAAGAGUGAUGUGGACUUUUCAGAGAUUCUUAAUGCAAUACAAGAAAUGGCCAAGGAUGUCAAUAUUCUUUUUGAUGAAUUAGAAGCUGUCAAUAGUCCUUGCAAAGAUGACGAUUCUCUCCUUCACCCUGGGAACCUGACAAGUACUUCAGAUGAUGCCAGCAGAUUAGAAGCUGGGGGAGAGACAGCUCGAGAAAGAAACAAAUCAAAUGGACUUUACUUUAGAGACGGCAAGUGUCGAAUAGACUACAUUCUCGUGUACAGAAAAUCUAACCCCCAGACUGAAAAGAGAGAAGUAUUUGAAAGAAAUAUUAGAGCAGAAGGAUUACAAAUGGAGAAAGAGUCCUCUCUAAUAAACAGCGACAUUAUCUUUGUGAAGUUGCAUGCCCCAUGGGAAGUCCUGGGAAGAUAUGCGGAACAAAUGAAUGUAAGGAUGCCUUUCAGGAGAAAAAUCUAUUACCUGCCCCGUCGGUACAAGUUCAUGAGCAGGAUCGAUAAACAAAUAAGCAGGUUUCGGAGAUGGUUACCUAAGAAGCCAAUGAGGCUGGACAAGGAGACACUGCCAGACCUGGAGGAGAAUGACUGCUACACUGCCCCUUUCAGCCAGCAAAGGAUCCAUCACUUCAUCAUACACAACAAAGACACUUUCUUCAACAACGCCACAAGAAGUAGAAUUGUGCAUCAUAUUUUACAAAGAAUAAAGUAUGAAGAAGGAAAAAACAAAAUAGGUCUGAAUCGCUUGCUUACCAAUGGCUCCUAUGAAGCUGCUUUUCCCCUUCACGAGGGAAGUUACAGAAGUAAAAACUCCAUUCGAACCCAUGGAGCAGUAAAUCACCGACAUCUACUCUAUGAAUGCUGGGCUUCCUGGGGUGUGUGGUAUAAAUACCAGCCUUUGGAUCUUGUAAGGCGGUACUUCGGAGAGAAGAUUGGGCUGUAUUUUGCCUGGUUGGGCUGGUACACCGGCAUGCUCUUCCCAGCUGCUUUCAUAGGAUUGUUCGUCUUUUUGUAUGGAGUCACCACCCUAGAUCACUGCCAAGUCAGUAAAGAAGUCUGUCAAGCCACAGAUAUCAUCAUGUGCCCUGUGUGUGAUAAAUACUGUCCAUUCAUGAGGCUGUCAGACAGCUGCGUUUACGCCAAGGUAACACACCUUUUUGACAAUGGAGCUACUGUCUUCUUUGCUGUGUUCAUGGCUGUCUGGGCCACAGUUUUCCUAGAAUUUUGGAAAAGACGCCGAGCUGUGAUAGCUUAUGACUGGGAUUUGAUAGACUGGGAAGAAGAGGAGGAAGAAAUACGACCCCAGUUUGAAGCCAAGUAUUCCAAGAAAGAGCGGAUGAAUCCCAUUUCAGGAAAGCCAGAACCUUAUCAAGCAUUUGCCGAUAAAUGCAGCAGACUUAUCGUUUCUGCAUCUGGAAUCUUUUUUAUGAUCUGCGUGGUGAUUGCUGCCGUGUUCGGGAUUGUCAUUUACCGGGUGGUGACUGUCAGCACUUUCGCUGCCUUUAAGUGGGCAUUAAUCAGGAAUAACUCUCAGGUCGCAACCACGGGGACGGCCGUGUGUAUCAAUUUUUGUAUCAUUAUGUUGCUGAACGUGGUAAUAGAGAGGGUCGGAUCUGUCCCCUCAACCUCUGCUCCCCUUUAUUCCACAGAACAGCCUCGCACAGAGUCCGAAUGGGAGAACAGCUUCACCCUGAAAAUGUUUCUUUUUCAGUUUGUCAAUCUGAACAGCUCCACGUUUUACAUUGCAUUCUUCCUUGGAAGAUUUACAGGACACCCAGGUGCCUACUUGAGGCUGAUAAACCGGUGGAGACUAGAAGAGUGCCACCCUAGUGGAUGCCUUAUUGAUCUCUGUAUGCAAAUGGGUAUUAUAAUGGUGCUAAAGCAGACCUGGAAUAAUUUCAUGGAACUUGGCUACCCGUUAAUUCAGAAUUGGUGGACUAGAAGGAAAGUCCGACAAGAACACGGGCCUGACAGGAAAGUAAAUUUCCCACAGUGGGAAAAAGACUACAAUCUUCAGCCGAUGAACGCCUACGGACUCUUUGAUGAAUACUUGGAAAUGAUUCUUCAGUUUGGAUUUACAACUAUCUUUGUGGCAGCUUUUCCUCUAGCGCCACUUCUGGCCUUACUGAAUAACAUAAUUGAAAUCCGACUUGAUGCUUACAAGUUUGUCACACAGUGGAGGAGACCUUUAGCUUCAAGGGCCAAAGACAUAGGAAUUUGGUAUGGAAUUCUUGAAGGCAUUGGGAUUCUCUCUGUUAUUACCAAUGCAUUUGUCAUCGCAAUCACGUCAGACUUUAUUCCUCGCUUGGUGUAUGCUUAUAAGUAUGGACCAUGUGCAGGCCAAGGAGAAGCUGGACAGAAGUGCAUGGUUGGCUAUGUGAAUGCCAGCUUGUCUGUAUUUCGGAUUUCUGACUUCGAGAACCGGUCUGAGCCUGAGUCUGAUGGCAGUGAGUUCUCAGGGACUCCUCUCAAGUACUGCAGAUACCGAGAUUACCGGGACCCUCCUCACUCGCUGGUGCCCUAUGGCUACACACUGCAGUUCUGGCAUGUCCUGGCCGCCCGGCUGGCUUUCAUCAUUGUGUUUGAGCACCUCGUGUUUUGUAUAAAGCACCUCAUUUCCUAUCUGAUCCCAGACCUCCCAAAAGAUCUAAGGGAUCGAAUGAGAAGAGAGAAGUACUUGAUCCAAGAGAUGAUGUAUGAGGCAGAACUGGAGCGCCUCCAGAAAGAACGGAAGGAGAGGAAGAAAAAUGGAAAAGCACACCACAACGAGUGGCCCUGAGCAGGUAAUAGUUCAUUUUCAGGCCAAGGACCUGACUUUUGUUUACUUCUCCCAGCUGUGCAAAAGCACAUUUAAACGAAUGACUAACAAUGCAACCACAGUGCAUGCUACAGACACCGGCAGCGCCCCGGGCAGGUCGGCAGCCAGUGGAGGACUGACGGCGGAGCGGAGCCCUGCUGCUGAGACACCUGCUGCCCUCCAGCACACAAUUGCUAUCUAUCCAUUGACCAUUCUUGACAAAGACAAGCAUGCACCUUCUGGGCAGUUCCAUUCUCCAGUUUUUAAAACCAAGGGGGAACUUGUAUACUGGGCCUGUUUUCUCAGCCUGUUUGCUACCUUUUUUGCAUUCUACCCCAUGUGAAUUUUACAGACUCUGGGCUAACAAGGGUAAUUUGGACACCUGGACAUACAUUCUUAGAAUGUGAUCAUGUCCUAACUCUCACAUCACCAAAUGACACAGAAAUGACCCUGUUUACAAUGUUUUCUUUCUUUUUUUUUUAAUUUCAGAUCUUUCUGAGGAGAUUAUUAUAUAUGACAUAUCUAUAGCUAUGUGUAUGGCCAUAGAUGUAUUUCUGUGUGUACAUAUGUAUAGUCAUGUAUUCUGACAUAUGUACAUACAAUUACAGAGAUAUAUUAAAUGCAUAGAAACCCCUGACUUGUACAUAGCCAAAAAGUACUGACACGAAUGACUAAUUUUCACAGUCAAAUAGUCAUCAACAUGAAGCCAUGGUUAAUGCUUGUAUACUGU